GCUAAUCCCACCAGAUCCAGGCUCGCGUCGCGUCCUGCUGACUCCUCUCCUCCUCCGCCAGCCCGCGCCGCCGGAAGCGGGCAAUUCGUCGAGCACCUGGUGCGCGCGCUCCGCCGCCAUGGCGUCCGCCGCGCGGGCUCUGGGCGCGCUCGUCCACAAGGCCUCGUCGCUGUCCUCCUCCGCCGCCGCUCUCAGGAGCGCCGCCGUCCUCCAUGGGAGAGGCUCUGCUGGCGGCAGCGCCAGAUUGUUCCAGAGGCACGCGGCGAGGCGGAGGAUUUCGACGUUCCAGCCGCUUUGCAUGGGACGGCGCUCCUGCAAGAUCGCCGGAAGGAAGGAUGCUCAGAAUUUGAAAAAGAUGAAGCGCAACAGUAAAAUUGGGAAAGAAAUCGUUGCUGCCAUUAAGAAAGGUGGCCCAAGUCCUUCAUCAAACACAACUUUAGCAGCAAUAUUGGAGAAAGCAAGGGAACUUGAUAUCCCCAAAGAAAUCUUGGAGCGCAACAUAAAAAGGGCUUCAGAAAAGGGCCAAGAUACUUACACAGAAAAGGUUUACGAGGUGUAUGGUUUUGGUGGAGUAGGUAUGGUUGUUGAGGUCCUUACAGAUAAAAUUACAAGAUCUAUUGCGGAUAUAAGAAAUGUUGUAAAGGACUGUGGAGCAAAAUUGGCUGAUCCUGGAUCUGUUACAUUCAGAUUCAGACAAGCUCGAGUGGUGAACAUCAAAGUAACUGAUGCUGAUAAGGACCAACUGCUCACUGUUGCUUUGGAUGCUGGCGCCGAUGAUGUCAUUGAACCAAAUUUUGAUGAUGAUGAUGAUGACGACGACGACUACGAUGACGACUCCUCUGAAGAUGUUUCAGAAAGGUUUUACAAGAUAGUUACUACAUCAGAGAACUAUCCUGUUGUGCUAUCGAAGCUACAAGAGGAAGGACUAAAAUUUGAAACUGAUAAUGGCUAUGAAUUGCUGCCUCUGAACCCGAUUGAGGUAGAUGACGAGGCCAUGGAACUAAACAAGGUCCUAGUGUCUAAGUUGCUUGAGCUUGAUGACGUUGAUGCUGUCUAUACUGACCAAAGGUGACUCUGAAUUCAUGAUCCAAGACACUCGAUGCCGACGGUUCUUGGGUUACACUGUGGAUUGGCAGUGGAUUGGCAGAAAGCUGGUGGAUGGAGCUGCCAAUGGAGCCUGUUUACUUGCAGCCAGUUAUAUUUUGCCAAAAUUGAGUUGAUAAUACGGCAUUUUUUGUGUAACUACUUUGCACACUCGCAUCUCAAACAAAGAGUUCUAAAAAUUUUCCCUUCCAAGUCU